CUUAGUAGAGAGCGAGAGAGAGGGGGCGGCGCUUGGGAGCUGGCAGCGCUAUAAUCGCCACUGUCUGUAGCACAGGCCGUUGGUCUCAGAAGAGCUGAGCGCAGUGAGCCUGGAGUUUCGCAGCGUUGGGGAUUGUUCAGGUGCAGAGACUGGUGCAAGGGAAGCGCCUCUGAGCCUGUCAAUGUUUGGAAAGUUCAUUGAUUCUCCCCUUGUGUCUUAGUACAGAGAAAUCGUGCGCUUUGCCUGCUUUUCCGCUAAUAACGCUGGAUUGACAGGGGAGGCGGCGCAGAAGGAGCUCCGGCAUCAGACAGGUGAUGGGCGUUACAGUGGAUACGUUGGGCUGAUCUGAGCGCUAAUCCUGCGCCUCAUCCACUGCUGAAGGCACCCGAGCAUCAGCCAGCGACACCCGAGCAUCAGCCAGCGACACCCGGCAGCGACGGGCGGGGAGGGGGAAAGGGGGCUACAGUGGAUACACCCGACACAAACCUGCGCCUCAUCUACCGAUUUGCUGGGCUGUUGUUUUGCCCCUAAGGGAUGUUACUGACUCCCCCGGCUACAGGAGCGGGUCUGCGGCUCCUACCGCAAAACGUUGCAUUGUCAUCGAGCAGAAAUCGCAGCAGGACGCAAUGAGGAUCUGGGCUCGGAUUCUGCUGCUGCUGCUAAGCGUCUGCUGCUGUUACCUGUCUCCUUCAUUGGGCGAGGAAGCAGAGAUCCCCCAGGAGCUGAUCGAGAGGCUGGCUCACAGCGAAAUCCGCAGCAUCAGUGACCUACAGCGGCUCCUGGACAUUGAUUCCGUAGGAGGAGGCGAGGAUGCUUCUGGAGCCAACAUAAGAUCACAAACGCACGACUUCCAUCAUAAUAGGCUGGUGCCAGAAAAGCGUUCCGUUCCGAGUCGUAGAAAAAGAAGCGUUGAAGAAGCAGUCCCUGCUAUCUGUAAAACAAGAACUGUUAUAUACGAGAUACCUCGUAGCCAAAUUGAUCCAACAUCUGCCAAUUUUCUGAUCUGGCCUCCAUGCGUGGAGGUGAAACGAUGCACAGGAUGCUGCAACACCAGCAGUGUCAAGUGCCAGCCAUCAAGGAUACACCACAGGAAUGUCAAGGUGGCAAAAGUAGAAUAUGUAAGAAAGAAACCCAAAUUAAAAGAAGUUCUUGUGCGGUUAGAGGAACAUCUGGAAUGCACGUGUACAGCAAAUUCUAAUUCAGAUUAUCGAGAAGAAGAAACUGGCCUGUUCACCAGCCCUGCCCUUGUGUUAACAGGAAGGACUAGGGAAACAGGUAAAAAACGGAAAAGAAAAAAACUAAAGCCAACCUAAUAACCAUCUGGAAAGUAAUUUUGAACGGCAGAUGUGAGGUGAAAAUAAGCUAGACAGAACCAUCUGGGACUCGGAUGUGUACUCCAUGUUACAUUCCCGAAUCUUCUACGUAUGGUGCUUUAUUGACUGUUUCGUUUUUGUUCUCUUGUGCAGAAAGACAGGAAAAAAAAACUUGUUCAAACGACACUCUGUGAGAACAAAGGAACAAUGUACAUUUCUUUAAUGUGACAUCAAAGCAAGUAUUGCAGCACUCUUACAGAGAAGAGACCGCUUCCCCUGUCAGAAAAACUGCAGCAACAAAACAAGAUGGCGGAUGGUGGAAAGAAGGAUAUCACAUUAAAAGUACUGCAAACAUAAGAGAUUGAAUAGAGGCCUGAUGUCCAAGCAACGGUGCUUUAUGUCAAGAGAUGUGCCUGCUUUUGCUGAUUUAAGAUGGAUGUUUAUUGAUAGAAACAUGGCAAAGAAAAGCCAGGAAUGUAUCAAAUGAAUGUGUCUACGCAGAAGCUACAAAAACAAUGCAUCCUUGCUCAGUGGUGUUUAAAGUCUUCACAAAAACCUGGGAAGCCUUAAGUGGACUUUUUUUUUUUUUUUAAUUAAACAUAACAAUCCUAUUAAGCUUUGGGGUAAAUAAAAUAUAACAGCACCAUCCUAGCACUAAGCAACCAUCUGCCUCUAUAGUGGUCGAUGACUGCUAGACAUAGGUCUAAUCCUAUUGGGCAGAGGAAGAGCUCUUUAGUGUUGGAUUUGUUUUAGGUGGAUUCACUCUUGCUGGCUAUGCAGGCAUAAAAUAUUAGAUAAUGUAUUAUUUUGUAAUUAUUGAAGAAAUUCCAACUUAGCAGUUGUUUCUGGAAAUACAAAGAGCUGCCCGUUCUUAAGGUUAAUAGCCUUUAUCAUUGAGCAGAAUAACAAAUGUAUGCUGAUGUGCAAUAUUGCAAAAGAGAAAUGAGACCCAACAUAGUGAUAUGAAAUGCUGAUCUGUGUGCACCUAUUGUAAACGUUUAUGCUCCGUGUGUAAACCGAUACUGAAGUGAAUGUGGUUAGAAUCACUCUCUAGAGCAGUGAUUCCAAAACUAUGGGGCUGGCCCCCAGUGGGGACCUGAGUAGUGCCAGGGUAAGGGUGGUAGGCUCAGCCUUAAUUGUAGUUAAGGUGAGAUUUAAGGAGAAUGCCUGUUUGCUGUCCUUGAUAUGUCUGAAAGCCCAGUUUAGAGUUGGUUCAGGUGAGAUUUGGUGGAGAACUUAACUGUCCUAGAUAUUCUUGGAACUAUGGUUGUAUGAGUGAUCACCAAUGUUUUCCCAUAUCUGUAACCUCCUUAUGAGCUAACAGGGCCCCUGGUCAAUGGUUGGACCUCAACCACUGAGUGUUAUGAGUUUUAUAGGUCAGAGAACCAAACUGUUGUAUGAAUUGUAAGCAUAUGUUUUCUGUAGUGGAAUGAGCAAACUCCAUUGGUCCACUAACCUGUAUAAACCAGUCAGAAGUAACUUUCACUGGCCUAGCUCUGUUAAAAUAACCUAAGCCAACAUCUGAUCUGAUGUUUACUACAACUAUGGUCAUUCUGAACUUGGAGGCAAACAGAAGAAAGAGGUUGCAUGUUAUACUUGCAAGAGUGAAUCUACUUAAAUUGUUCCCUAGCUACCUUCUCCCUUGUUUUAAUGUCCAAUGGAAAUUAUAUUCUAAGAACCUGUAGAGGUCUACUAUGAAUCCAUAGUAUUAUUUUCUAGCAGGGUGCAAUCUAAUGAGUUGUAUUCAAACAUAUAUAUAUAUAUAUAUACUGUGUGUAUAUAUAUCACCCCCCCCCCCGAACUUUUGUUUCCGUUGUGUCUGCAUAAUUUAAUAAUUUUAAAUAAAAUGUACAUUAAUAAAUCAUGGGAUAUCCGUGAAACAUCACACUUGUGCCAGUUGCCUAAUAGCGCUAAUUUUCUUUCUUUUUUUUUUUUCUGGCAAGUUAUUAUUUUAUCAUACACAACCAACAUUUUCACAUAGCAAAAAAAAAAAAGGAAAAAAAAAAUAGACGUGAGAUGGACAUUUUUAUUCUUGUAAGUGCAUUGUACAGUGUCACAGUAGCAAGGGAAAAAAAUAUUUGCUACGUGUGUUUGAACAAAUCCUAAAAUUCUUUAUUUUUGGUAAAAAAAAAAAAAAGUAUGCUUAUGUGUAUUCAACAGAAUUGUGUUCUUUUUUUGUAAAGUUGAAGUUUGUAUUUUUAUCUAAAAUUAACAUUUUUAUAUAAGUAAGAAAGCCUGCUAUGUUUUCUUGAACCAAAAAAUAUAUAUAUACAUACUGUGGUCAUAUUUUUGUAGCACCAUGUCCUAAACAUAACAGAUAUUUUUAGCUAUACUGUAGCUUUUGCCAAUAAGUGUUUGAGCACAAGGUGUAUGAUAUCCUAUGUCUUACUGCUGUUUUUGAAAAUUCUUUUUUGGAAAUUGCUCCUCCCAUAUGGCAAAUCUCCAAUGAAACAUCUUUCUCUCUCUCUCUAUAUAUAUAUAUAUAUAUAUAUAUUUAAAAAUAUAUAUAUAUAUUUCCAAAUGUCACCCUGCCUUUGAACGCCAUUGAGCCUGUCAUGGUUUUAAGUGUAAAGGUUUUAUGGAAAUCGUAAUGUGUUUUUUGGCUUCCACUAGGUUGGUAGAAUCCAGAUUGGUGUGGGAGUUAAACUCUGUCCUAAACUGGCAUACAUCGGGUAGUAAAUAGAUCUAGCCCUAUCCUAUCUUUAUAUGGUUGCUGGGCUUACCCUGUCCUAAAUCUUGUUGUUGCGCCAUUCAGACUCAAAGGGCAAAACAUAGGGACUUUGUAUCUUGGAUCACGACUAAUUGAUCCAUAUUGGUUAUGAUAUUGGAACAAAGUUGCCCUUAUGUUCCCUCCUAAGUUGCAAGUUACAGGCAACCUUGUAGUACUGAAAAUCAUGAAUGGGUAUCAGUACACCCACCAUAUUAACCACUUGAUGCACAUUAUCCUUUCUUCCUCCUAAUACUGACUCCUAUAUCAAUAGGUCCAACGACUUGUUCCCAGCAAUUCAAUUCAUAUCAAUGAACGCUCCAUAACAUCCCUAUUCAUGCAGAGGACAGUGUUAAUGUUAAUAACACUGUUAAUGUUAUGUUAACAUGUUAUGUUAACACAGUGUUAAUAUAUGACAGAUUGAUUUACGGCAAAGUAAGGCUUUAUUUUAAAUAGUCUGCAUGAAGGGCAAAGUCAGUUUGAGAGUCGUUUUAUUACUAAAUAAGGUAUCGUUUGCAUUUAAAAAUGCUGAGAAUGGAACACAAUACUAGUAUGGAAGCAUGGCAGUGUGUGAAAUGUACAUGCAAACACACAUACAAAUACACACACACAUAGAACACGUGGGAAUGCACACACACACGCAUAAACUCCUUCUUAUUAUUUUGGUUGAGUAAAUAUCGUAAAAGGGAAAUUAUACCCUGUUUAUAUAUUAUUUUAAUGAUAUUUUCCCUUUUUCUGUAUAUACAAACUUAUGUAAAUUAUGAAGCUUCGCUUAUUCUGUGUACCUAAUAUUCCGUCUCUGCCAAUUUGCAUUUAUAAGUGGUGAGGCCCAUGGAAUGAACCCAUUUUUUCAAUAUGACAAAACCAUCUUGUGGCCAUUAUAAAAUUGCCUUUUACGAUUUACAGAUCUGCCGUGGGAAGCAGUAAGGCACUUUAAAUGUAUUAAUGAUAUGCAGAGAAGGGAUAUUUUCCACAUACAAGUGGUGGUUUCAUUUCUGUUCCUGUUUCAUUGGGGGGAGGGGGUGGAACGAUACCCCCGAUUUAUAAAUAGGGUAUAAUUUCAUUUUCAAACAAGCAUGAGCUUGGAUUUUUUAGGUUGCUGCUAAAUGGACAGUUUUCACAUGCAUGAAAUAAUGUUUCUGCCGUUGCAGAUAAAUACACAUUUUCAUACUGCAGUAGACCUUAAGACAUUGUAAGUUAAUGCGCUCUUUCUCAGCAGGGUGUAGAAAGCCAUUUUUAUUAGUGUCUCUGACCCCCGAACACCAGGAGGACCAUCUGUACACUCAUCAUGGUAUAUACAGCUGUAUGCAUAACCCCAAAUCAUUCACUCUAUGGGUGUAUGCACAAACCUCCCCACCUUGUAUCUGUUACCAUACAGAAAUAUGCUCUUAUGUAUAAGGAAAUAGAGCCAGGCAUUUGCAGGUUAACUGCAAAAACUUUUAAUCUAUUUCCUUACACAUAUGUAUCCGCCUUACUUGGACAAAGGCAGAUCUUAAGGUACGAAUAAGGCUUAGUUGGAACCAGUAAUCCGCAUAUAUGAACCCUUUGAGUUGAGGGAUUUGAGUUUGUACAUACAGUUGUGUAUAGCAUGGUGCAAAUACCUAUGGUCCUCCAGUAGUUGGGGGCCUGAGACCUCCGGUUGAUUGCAAUGCUUUAUGCCUAAUGGGCAUUAGAACAGCUAUUUUAAGCAGGUGCUGUGUCUAGUGAAUCAUGGGUUGAGUCCAAGAACCCUACAAAGUGAAAGUAAAAUAGAUAUGGUUGUACCCAGUAUUAUUUUACCCUGGUCUGUAAGAUGUAGCAACCAAUUAAUCUUUAGAUUUUACUUGUCUAUUGCAAUUAAAAGAGAGACUGCAAAUUAACUGAUUGGCUGCUCAAAAGGUUUGUCCAUAACCCUGGUAGUUUUAGAGCUUAAGCCCAAUUUAGUAAACAACACAUUAUUUUUGAGGUUAUGGGGGAUUUAUCAAUAUUUCCAUGCUUCCUGCUGAAAAUAGUUCGACUGAUGUUGAGGGUCUAUUGUAGCAUGGAAACUGUCAUUGUACAUACAUGUGCCAACAUUCACAUGUAAGAUUAUAUAUGUUAAAGAGUCUUUAAAAAUAACUAUGCCUGUGUGAGCCAAAAAUGUAAUUUCAGAAUUUAUAGCCAAAAUGCAUUUUUGGCAAAAGAAAACCUAUUUUAAAGAGAUUAAGCUAAUUAUUUAACAUUGAAUAGCAUAGCAUCUCAAAUCAUCAUUUUCCUUAGAGGACAUUCCCAUAAGCCAUUGCCAUUUUAAGUUUCCACAAUAGUCUUAAAAAAAAUAGUUGACCUUUACAUUGGGGAUGACCACCCAUGGACCUCUGUAAGUUUUCUCAAACCGUUAAAGGGACGCAGGCUGGUCGUUCCUGCCUUACGCUGUAAUCAUUUCCUCACAAAGUUGCAUCCAAAGCCCAAACUGGAAAUACCUGUAUUCAGUUGCGUGUGCUCUUCUGCAAUUAAGUGUACAAUUCAUAAUGUUAUGCACAUGAAUGUCUGUGUCUGCGUAAAGAAAAAGAAAACCCUGUAUAAAAGUGUAAUUUAUAUAUUUAUGUUUCGAUGGGAUGCCAAUAAUGUUGCUCAGUUUGUUUAUUGCCUAAAAAUAUCUAAUGAAACAAAGAUUUGUAUAUCCAUUAAACUGAUGUAGAUGGAAA